UGGGAGAGGUUGACCGAGACUUAUAAAACCAUGCGGGCCGUAGUCGCUUGAAGUCAGUUGCAAGAGCUCCUGGACGCUGGAAACAUGCUCACUCAGGUCAUCGUCUUCCUAGGCGUCGCAGCCGUAGCUUUUGGGGGAUACGCUGGAGGACACCAUGGCGGAUCGAGCAGAACAUACAGAAAACAAGACGACUACGGGCACUACCGCUUCGGCUACGACAUCGUCAACGGUUACGGCGCCGUCAACGGUCGCCACGAAGCCGGACAUGCAUACGGCCCCGUGCACGGUUCCUACUACCUGGGCGACAUCGAUGGCCGCCACCGGCAGGUGCACUACGUGGCCGACAAGCUCGGGUUCCGCGCCGUUGUCAAGACCAACGAGCCUGGAACUAAGACCAGCCUCCCCGCCGCAGCGCCCUAUAUAAGUGCCCAUGGCAAAAGUGUCCCAGCCUACGGUCACGGCGGAUACGGCGGAUACGGUGGCUUUGGAUACGGCGGUCACGGUUAUGGUGGUUACGGAUACGGUGGCUAUGGAUAUGGUGGACACGGUUACUAUGGUUAAGUCAUUUCCUUGAAAAGCAUUCCAG